AUGGGUGCUGCACUGCACCUGUGCGCGGAGGCGGGUGGUGACUGGAGGGGCGGAGGCGGGUGGCGACUGGAGGGGUGGAGGCGGUUGGCGACUGGAGGGGCGGAGGCGGGUGGCGACUGGAGGGGCGGAGGCGGGUGGCGACUGGAGGGGCGGAGGCGGGUGGCGACUGGAGGGGGGGAGGCGGGUGGCGACUGGAGGGGCGGAGGCGGAUGGCGACUGGAGGGGCGGAGGCGGGUGGCGACUGGAGGGGCGGAGGCGGGUGGCGACUGGAGGGGCGGAGGCGGGUGGCGACUGGAGGGGCGGAGGCGGGUGGCGACUGGAGGGGCGGAGGCGGGUGGCGACUGGAGGGGCGGAGGCGGGUGGCGACUGGAGGGGCGGAGGCGGGUGGCGACUGGAGGGGCGGAGGCGGGUGGCGACUGGAGGGGCGGAGGCAGGUGGCGACUGGAGGGGCGGAGGCGGGUGGCGACUGGAGGGGCGGAGGCUGCUGCACUGCACCUGCGGGAUGGCGGCAGUGGGAUGACGCACGGCAGGCACCACUCUGGUGCCCUGCUGAUCACUGCUCGCCUCCGGAGGAACGGCGAGGCGCGGAGGGAGCAGUGCAGCUGCUGGCGAGCGCACGUGCAUGCAGCUUCGACCCCUCCUAAAUACGUUUCCGUAUCGCUGUAUUCCCCUAAUCAUCUCUCUCCUAGGCACGCGGAAGUGCGAGCGUGGUGGGAUGACGCACGGCCGGCAGUCACAAGCGUGUGGCUGCCUCCUACCCGCCCUGCUGACCACGCGCUCGAAGGCAAGCCGCGGAGGCGGCGCUGCGACGAGUCGUCUUUCUCCCACGUGUGCUGGCUUCUCCCCCUGCGUCCAUGGGUUCGGGCCUUCACGUGGGGUGAGGAGGGCGAGGGGGCAGCGCGGCGGGGCAGCAAGAGGACUUCUCUGCUUAAUCCCCGCCUUCCUUCUCUUCAGGGCCUCACGUGGGGCGAGGAGGGCGAGGGGGCAGCGCGCGCGCAUCAAGGGGCGUCCCUCUGGUUAACCCCCCCCCUUCCAUUCCCUUCAGCAUGGCGGGCAGCGUGGAGACAACACGGAGGGCGAUGGGGCAGCGCGCGCGCAUCACGAGGCGUCCCUCUGGUUAACCCCCCCCCUUCCAUUCCCUUCAGCAUGGCGGGCGUGGAGACGACACGGCGGGCGGCACGGACGGAGGUCGACUCAUGGGGCGAGGAGGGCGAGGGGGCAGCGCGGGGCAGCAAGAGGCUUCUAUCUAAUCUCCCCCUUCCAUUCCCUUCAGCAUGGCGGGUAGCGCGGAGAUCUACACGGGGGGCGGCACAGCGGGCGGCACAAGGACAGAGCUGGCAGGGUCCAAGACCCGAAGACCGCCCCCGACUGCGGCAUAGGUUUUGUGCGGCAGGGGUGGCUGACGGCAUUGGGUCGGACGCGGCCCGCGCCUGA